GAUCACUCCGCAACCGCGUGUGAGAUCUGUCCUGCUAGACGCACAGCCAAGACCAGCGCGACUCGUGGGAACAGCGGAGCUCUCUCCUUGAAGUCAGAGUGCAGCAGCUUCUCCUUUGCCCAAAAAAGAAAAGGAAAGGGGAGGGGGGGGAACCACAAAACCCUCCAGCAAGCAAGGGGGAGGCGAGGGAGACGGAGCUGCUGGCACGGCGGCGGCCCCCUCCCCGCCUGCCUCUCUGGCUGCAAGGAGGCUGUCCCUCCCCACCCCCGACCCCCGCUCUCCCUAUCAGCUCCAUCCGUCCCACCCCGCUUGAGGGUUGUGUGUGUUUCCCUGUCCCUACCACCAACCACCCCGUUAUUCCCCUCUGCGCGCUGGAAUCGGAGAGGCCAGCAAGCGGGCGAGCUCUCUUUGUCUGCAGCCCGGGAAAUUCCGGCAUUGAGGGGGCCGACGCGAGCAACCCCCACGCCUGCCUCCGGGGAAACCCCUCCCUCUCCUCCGCUCUUCCUCGCUCGCUCCUGGGUUUCCUCCUCCCGCCGCCGCCGCCGCCUCUUGCAGGUGAUCAGCGCCAGGGAUCAGCGGGCCGGACCCCCCACAGCAGCCGGCUGGGAGCAAAGCGUGAUCCUCAGUACAACACCAUAUAUGAGGCAGUACUUGAAUGCUUCAAGGCAUGGAUGGGAAGAAAUGCAGUGUAUGGAUGUUCUUACCUCUCGUGUUGACACUGUUUACCUCAGCAGGGCUGUGGAUUGUAUAUUUUAUAGCUGUAGAAGACAACAAAAUUAUCCCACUAAAUGUGCUAGACAGGCAACAAAGUUCCCAAAGGCCACCUUAUAUAAGUAUUGCAGGUGAUGCCCCUCCUGCAAGCUGUGUGUUUAGCCAAGUCAUGAACAUGGCAGCAUUUCUAGCACUUGUCGUGGCUGUCCUCCGCUUUAUUCAGCUAAAGCCAAAGGUCCUUAAUCCCUGGCUCAAUGUGAGUGGCUUGGUGGCCUUAUGCUUGGCCUCUUUCGGAAUGACCCUACUGGGCAACUUCCAGCUUUCCAAUGACGAAGAAAUACAUAAUGUUGGCACAUCCCUGACUUUUGGCUUUGGCACGCUGGCUUGCUGGAUUCAGUCUGCAUUAACACUCAAAAUAAACUUGAAGAAUGAAGGAAGAAAAAGCGGAAUUCCACGGGUUGUCUUGUCAGCAGCGAUAACGCUCUGCGUAGCCCUUUAUUUUAUCCUGAUGGCCCAGAAGUUUCAUAUGCACGCCGCACGGAUACAGUGGGGCAUGGUGAUGUGUUUCCUCUGCUACUUUGGCACCUUCGCAGUGGAGUUCAGACACUAUCGAUUCGAGAUAAUUUGCUCCGAGUUCCAGGAAAACUUCCUCAGUUUCUCUGAAAGUCUCUCGGAAGCCUCUGAGUACCAAACGGAUCAGGUGUAGCCCAGCCUCCCCUCCUUUUUGUCAUGGCGUUGGGCAGCCACAGUCACAUGAUUGGACCCAUUUCCAACUUAUCUUUUAAGACCCUUGUUCAUUUCCCAUGCCUAUCAUCACAGGCAAGUUGCCAAAGGGUGGUGGAGCUGCCACUGCUCUAUGCUUCCUUGUUCCUCCUCCCUCACCACCUCGACAGCCCAAUGGGCAGCUCCUGAUGAUCACUGGGAAGUCUGGUUCCCAGGGGGAGUUCCUGCUCCCAGCAGGUCUGUUCUCCGAACCUGCCAACCACCAGUUCCUAAGCCCUCUGUCCAAUUUUUGCUUGACUUCUGUAUCCAAUGCUUGACAUUAAGUAGAGAAUGUCAGGUGAAAGUCAGGCAGAGGACUUGGAAACUGAUGAUUGGCAAGUAUAGAUGACACACCAAGAGGAAACGCUCCUUGGGAGCCAGAGUUCCCAGUGAUUAUGUAAAGCUGCCCCUUGUAUGGCAUGACAUCACUAAGCUGAGCAUCCUUCCUCCCUUCCCCUUGCCUCUUAUUGGCUGGCACAGGUGGAGAACACCAAGCCCAAUACCUUUGUAUCAUGCAUUGUGUUGUGGCAGGCAUUCCAAGGAAGAAGCGGCAGAGACCAGAGUGGCGGCAGCUCUGUGGCUCUUGUAAGAUCUCGUUCCACCCUGAGGGUGGCUAUGAAAGGAGAGUGGGAGGAGCAAGAAGCCUUGUAAAUGAUUUGGGGAAUAUCUCGUCAUGAAUUUCAGAUCCUGCUGGCAGCUCCCCUUUGGGCAUGGUUGCCUGUUGGCUGCCUGCACUCCCAAGCCCAAACUUGGAAAUGCAGAAACCUUAGAGAAGGCAGGUGCCUUUCCCCGGGCAUUUUCACACAGAUGGUUGGGAAUCUGGCCAUGCAAACUGCAAUCUGUGUUGGUCUCACAGUAGAGCGUUAUCAGGUUGCAACCCAGGGGAUCUUUCCAUUUGCUGCAGAAUGGAGGGACUUGGCAAGUGGGCCAUUUUCUGCCCAUUAUCUUCAGGUUCUUUUGUUGUCCUCUCCAACCUGGCAUGCAGGUCUCCUGGUGUGCCACACGGUAGGUAGGGAAGCGUGCUGACAGAAGGUCCAGGUGGGGAGAAGCCACAGUAACCUUCUUUCCUGAUUCAGUAGCCGAUUAAAGUUAACUUCCAGGUUGCUGUCUGGCAGCCUUACUGCAGCUUCACCCUAGGUUUGUGCAAACUAAACUUCUGCAAGCCUGCUAUUAAAAACACAGGAGUUCUGCUAGAAAACAAAACCUGGCAACCCUAGAGGCAGUCUCAUCUACGAGAGCACCAGAGCAAGAGAGAAGGGGAGAUGGCGCCUCCCUGUCUUCCUAAAUUCAGCAUGAUGAUUGCCAACUUUUUUCUUGUAGCACUCCUAUGCCUUUAAGAGUUGCCUGACACAUACAAAAAUGGCAGCUGAUGCACUUUUGCCAUCAUGAAGUGAUGGGGAAAGAUUCAUCUACUUAGUAUCUACAUGUUGGACAGCUCUUAAUAGCAUAGCACACCUUCUAGAAAAAAAGACGGUGCACAAAUGCAUAGAGCAACCAGAGCUUCAUUUCAGAGACCAUAUGCUGUUGCAGCACUUCUGAUCCCUAUGGUCAAGGCAUGUGAGGUGUGCCUUUGCCAGUCUGCAGAACUGAUUGGGAGCUCUGGUUGAUCUAAAGAGUAAGGAUGCAUUGGUGCAGCAAGAGAGCAGCCUAGCAGAACUUCCCAACUAACUGCACCAGUGCCGCAGGGAAGCAGCAGUUUUGACAUCCUCCUAUUCUGCAGAAAGCUCUCUGUGCCAACUGAAAAUAUGUAUCUGAUGGUCGUGCAGCCCUUGGGGACAGAGAGCUUCCUGAAGACCCGGAAGGCAUCAGAAAUUGCCGCUCUCCUUCUGCACUGGUGCAGUUAGUUGGGACGUUCUGUUAGGUUGCUCUGGAUGUCAGCCACUGCGAACUGCUGUCAGGAUUGACUUUUGUGCCAUCCUUUGGGGGAGGGAGGAAUGGAUCCUCCUUCUCACAUGGAUAUCUCCCGUGCUCCUGUUUGAGCACUGUUGACAGAGACCAUGUGUCUUAGUGGCAGGUGAAAACCAACAGGCAAAGCUUUUCCCAGCACUACAUUGCCACACUUUUCCUGUUGGAUUUCUGCCUCUUAGGCAGCUGUUAAAUGCACAGAGCCUGUGUCCUUAAAGCAAGGGCAGCCCCAGUUAUAGAGCUCAACCUGUGAUCCUGGAUAUUUUCUGUCCAGAUAUGUUCUGGCAGGAACUAUAACCCCAACUGGGGAGAGGACUAACUAGGGAGCAAACAGCAGUGUUCUAACAUGUUAAUGAUGGCAGAGACAUACAUUUAAAAACACAAAACAAAGCAUGUAUUUAGUGCUUCCAUAAGAUAACACUGCCUAAUGUGUGUUAUACUGCCUUUCUUGGCACACGGGGAGAAUCCGAAGUCAUGGCAGUAGCUUGGAUGUGAUCCAGAUACAAUACAGGUUUGCAGUUGUCUACUCAAGUGGAUGACCCAUUGGUCACCAACUCUAGUAUACUUGCCUUAACAUCAGCAGCACUAAGGUGGAGUAAGUUGUUUGGGUGGGUGAUUCAAUACCUUGUGGGCUUCUUGCAUCCUGUUAAAACACGUGUCUGAUUCUUCAACAUACCCAAUUUUCAUGCUUGUUCUUCACUAAAAGCUGACACACACCCCUCCAUCAUUUUUAUAAGGAGUUUUGUGGGGGGGAGGGGUUUGGUGGGGGGCGUAAUGACCAUGUCCUGGAGAACUUUAAAUUUUGUAUGAGUCUCCGGGAUCUGAUACAUUCAAUACCCACUGGGGCCUCCACAGUGAUUAAAACAAAAAACACUACCCUGGGUCCAUUAAGAACAGCUUGACAUGUAUAACCUAGACAGGUGAAGGUUUUGGCCUCUGUUCCAGAGAAAAUGUCAACUGCAGUAUUUCUGUGUCUUGUUGAAGGCACAAGAUCAGGGCUAAUAAGAAAAGAAAACUUUCUGGGUUUCCAGUUCCUAAUACAAAAUGGGUUCUCAUGCUUUCUAUAAUUGCAUGGCAAGGACAAAACAUUUGGCAGGUGGAGCUGCAGGGCUUCUUCCUCCUAUAUGGCUCUUAAGCACACAGGAGAGUCCUCUGAGCAAGAGUUGGCAGCUCUGUGUCCUUAUCACUUAAAGAUCACCAUAAAUCCUGUUUAUCCUGCAGGGGGGAAGUCGAUGCCUCAUUUUGUUCUAAGAGACUCACCUGCUGCAGAUACAAAUGGUAUGAUCUCCCUUCUCCAGGGUUUCAGGAUGGUUGGGACUAGCCAUCCUAACACUAGUUGUAGUUUGGGUUUGCCACCUUUUUUUUUUUUAAUGCACCCUGGCUUAGAUUCUGCUCAGGUCCCUAUCCACGUUAGAGAGAAAUACAAGCACUGCUUCGAGUCCAUAUGAAUGAAGCACUUAUGCUGCUGCCAAAGGCAGGAGUGCUGCAUAGUUACUAAGCACGGCAGAAUUGAGUUUCCAAUGCUACUCCCAUGGCUGCUUCCAAAGGUGGGGGUGCUGCGUGGCUACUAAACAUUUUGAAAAUGCAUUUCCGAAGCUGCUCUCAUUGCUGGGGAGCUGCAUGGCUACUAAGCACUGGGGAUAAUGAGAGCAGUGUCAGAACUAUAUUUUCGCAAUGCUUAGUAGCCACGCAGCACCCACUGGCUUCAGAAGCAGCACAGGCGUGCUUUACAGGAACUUGGAGGCAGCACCUGCUCCUCUCUCUCACACAGACAGGGAUCUGCACACAAUGAACACCCCUAGAUUUGUAGACAUUAGCAGAUGAUACAAUCUCCCUUGGGCAAAAAGCUUCACCUGAUAUUGGCUGUGUUUUUAAAAUGCACACUGAAAGGCAGGGUUGUCAGGUGACCUGGAGGAAAAAGCAGCCUGGUACCUUGAAUAGAUGCUUGAUGUGCAGAAAUCACCAGGUGAUGCUUUUCACAGGAUGGCGCUAAACAUGAUCUCACCUGUUAAUUGCGGCUGAUCAAACUGCUGUUAAAGGCACAGCUGUAGCACUAGUUGAAAAGUUAACUACCCUUGCACUGGAGAUCAGCAAAUCUAACUGUGUGGGCAUAGUUCUUUGGUACUAAAACAUUCCAAGUCCUUGGUUUCUGUCUCUGUCCAUCUCAUUCAAGAGAGCUGAGAAAUACAGGUGAAGAUGGGCUGAUUAAAUACCCCUUUACUUCUGUGAUGAUAGGCAGGCAGUCCGUCCAGUUAUUGGCCUCAAGUUAAAUGUCCAGAAAGAGACUUGUCAAAGUGGGCAGUAUAAAAUGUUUAUUGUAUUCCAAAGGCUGUCUUUGAAUAUGGAAUCGUUGGUGUUGGACUAAAAAAAAUAGUUAGAAAUUGUUGAAUACACACAUGUCUUGGUAGGUAGAAAGGUAGGCAUGGGGACUUCUCCUGCGGGAGAAUGAACCCAAAUGAAAACAAAGUGAACCCAAGCCAAAUGUAUUUUAUGCACAGCUAUGGAAAACCAAGCAUAGCAGAAGCUACAGGAAUUUAGACACAAACACACAUAGAUAAAGAUAGGUUUCUGUUCACAUGUGUUUUACUGUAAAUAGUCCACUGUGACAUUUUUUUAAAAAUAAAUGUUUAUGUUGUAUCAUUUUUAUAUUUUGAAAUUUUAUUGGAAGAAAAUAAAAAUCAGUUUGUGAAAAGUCCCCCCUCCCCAAAAUAUUCAACUCGAGCUGAAAUUCAAGCUCCCGCCACCCCUUGAUUAUCUGUUGUACAUUUAAGAGUAUUUCUUAUGGCACAUUUCAGUACAGCUGAGCAAUGAGUAAUUAUUGUACACUGAAACAUGAGCACUAAAUAAAUUUCUUUUAUGGAGA